UCGCCCGCGCGCAGGACCCCGCAGCUGACAGCUCCACCCUUCGCCGUCAGCUUCCACCGCUCCCUCUUGGAAGCAGUAAAGGUUCAGGAAUGGGAACGCACAGGACAACUGUGGCCACUGGUUGGAUGAUGCUGGUGGUCGUUUUGGGGGUCCUGGCCGCGCCCUGUGAGGGGAAGGUCCAGAGGCCCGACUACGACGACACCGGCACCCCCGAGUUCCUCCACCCGGCCUGGAUGGCCUCCAUCCCGGACAGCCGGCCCCUGUCGGAGGUGACGCUCCCGGGCACCCACAACACCAUGGCCUUCUACGGGGGCGCGCUCACCGAGUGCCAGUCCUGGCCCCUGGGCCUGCAGCUCCAGGCCGGCGUGCGCUUCCUGGACGUGCGGCUGCGUCACGUCGCGGGCAACCUCACCGUGCACCACGGCGUGGUGUACCAGCGCGCGCACUUCGGCCACGUGCUGGAGGACGUGGCCCGCUUCCUGCUGGAGCGGCCCACCGAGACGGUGCUGAUGCGCCUGAAGGAGGAGUUCAGCGAGACCGGCGACAUCUACGCGGCCGUGGUGGGCUACGUGCGCCGGCACGCCCGCUGGGACCUGCUCUGGCACAGCCGCCGCACGCCCACCAUGGGCCAGGCCCGGGGGAAGCUGGUGGUCCUGCAGGACUUCAGCGGCCCGGACCUGGGCAUGCGCUACGGCUCCCUGGACAUCGCAGACGACUGGAAGGUCCCCACCCUCCUGCACGUGCCGCAGAAGUGGCAGAGCGUGCACAAGCACCUGGCAGCGGCGGCCGAGGGGAACAAGGCCCGCGUCUUCCUCACCUUCGCCAGCGGGGCAGGGAUCUUCGCCUACCCAAACGCGGUGGCCCAGAGGAUCAACGCCCGGCUUUACAAGUACCUCUCUGACAUGGCGGGGGUCUCCAAGCGCCUGGGCAUCGUCACCAUGGACUUCCCCGCCGCACCCCUCCUAAAGAUGAUCAUCGACUUCAACUGAACAGACUUCGCCCCACCAUCUCCCAUCCCCCAUAGCUUUCUGCCUUUCAACUGCCAGGACAUAAAUAUAGGGGAAUACUAGAUCAACUGAACAGACUUCGCCCCACCAUCUCCCAUCCCCCAUAGCUUUCUGCCUUUCAACUGCCAGGACAUAAAUAUAGGGGACUACUAGAUCAACUGAACACACUUCGCCCCACCAUCUCCCAUCCCUCAUAGCUUUCAAAUGCCAAGACAUAGAUAUAGGGAACACUAUGUUACUUUUACAUAAUCACAGGAUUUGUCAAAGUAGCACUUCCAACUGGUGGUGUAUGAUUCUUCAACAUCAGAACAUGUUAAAAAAUCAGAAGAACACAUGACACCUGGACAAUUAUCAUUUGAUUUCAAUGUUUACUGUUUGCAAAAAAAAAGGGCAUUGUCACAUACAUGGUGUCAAAUCAAUACGUCAUUGAUUCAAGUCACAGAAAAUACAGCACCAAGAUCACACUUUUCAAAGUCUCUAGCUAUACUUUUUUUUUUUC